CCUUCGAAAAACCUCUCAAAAAUCAUCCGAAAUCAGAUAAGGUUUCGCCUUUCUUCUUCCUCUCCUCCCUUCUCCCAACUCCUUACCUCUUCCCUCCACAGCAGAACAAGCCGAGGCAAAAUGCUCUCUCUGACCAUGAUAAACACUGCAAAACCCCUCUCCCUAUCCACCCCAUUUCUCCCCAGUCUGCUCAACCCUCACAAGCUUCUCCCACCCCUUCCUCGCUCCAAACAUCCUAACUCUGUCGUUGCUCUCAUUAUUCCCCCAAAAUCCUCCGCCGCACAACAGCAACAGCUCUACCAACCCUUCAGACCUCCUCCUUCCCCACUUCCCCCUCAAUACCGCAAUCUCGACACCAACGGCCGCCUUGAGAUCCUCUCCAACCGCCUCGGUCUCUGGUUUGAGUACGCCCCUUUAAUCUCUGCCUUAUUUCAAGAAGGAUUCACCCCUCCAACUCUCGAAGAGAUCACCGGAAUCUCCGGGGUGGAGCAGAACAGGCUUGUUGUGGCAGCUCAAGUACGUGAGUCUUUAGUUCAAUCGGAAAUAGACCCUGACAUCUUAUCGUUUUUUGAUACUGGUGGGGCUGAAUUGUUGUAUGAAAUAAGGCUGUUGAGUGCUUCCCAGCGUGCUUCGGCGGCCAAAUAUUUAGUUUUGAACAAAUUUGAUGCGAGAAUGACUCUAGAGCUGGCCAGGGCCAUAAAGGAUAAGCCGAGGAGGAAAGGCGAAAAGGGUUGGGAGAGUUUUGAUGGUGAUCUUCCUGGGGAUUGUUUGGCAUUCAUGUAUUUUAGGCAGGCACAGGAGCAUAGGACUGCGUCGUCCCCGGAAUUGUCGAGAAGUGCGUUGGAGAGGGCUCUGCAGGCCGUGGAAUCUGAAAAUGGGAGAGAAAGGGUGUUGGAGGAGCUUGAGGGGAAGAAAGAUGGGGAGGACAAGGAUAAAGUAGGCGCAGCUGCUGAUAGAGUCGUGGUGCCUGUUGUGAGGAUGCAGAUUGGGGAGGUUGCUGAGUCUAGCGUAGUGGCGGUUUUGCCAGUUUGUAGAGCAGAGGAGAGGGAAGUUAAGGUAGAGGAGGCGCCGUGGGAGUGCGCAGGUGUAGGGGAUUUCGGAGUAGUGGAGGCAGAGAAAGGGUGGAGUAGGUGGGUGGUGUUACCGGGGUGGGAGCCGGUGGCUGGUUUAAAGAGAGGGGGAGUGGCCGUGGCAUUUAAGAACGCGAGGGUGUUGCCGUGGAGAGCGAAGAAGUGGAACAGAGGGGAGGCAAUUCUGGUGGUGGCUGAUAGAGGGAGGAAAGGGGUAGUGACUGAUGAUAAUUUUUACUUGGUGGUUGGUGGAGGGAAUGGCAGUGUUGGGGAGGGGUUGAAGGUUGAGAGAGGAUUGGAAUUGAAGGAAAUCGGUGUAAAGGAGAGUUUAGGUACUGUAGUUUUGGUGGUUAGACCGCCAAGAGAAGAGUACGAUGACCAACUAAGUGAUGAAGAUUAGGAAUAAGACACAGGGUUACAGUAGAUAAAAAGAUUGUCAAGCUGGAGGUUUCCAUUAGUCUACCGGAGGAACAAGAUCACACUGCACAUAUCAUAUUCAUCCUAUUCAAGUCAGAAAUGUGCUUAUAAUUUGUGUUGCCUCGCUGAUGGUGGAGGCCGCUGCUUCAAGCUGGUAGCAUUUAUUACACUUUUUCCUACUUAGAGAGUAUUCUGAAGUCAGUGUAAGAAGGUGCAAGCUUGAAAUGACUAAGUUGCCAACUUGCCAUAUGCAGAAGAAUUACGCAACACAUGCCAAAGGAGGAAAUAAAGCGAGGAAGAGAUUUGGUUUUUGCUUCUAGCUCGUAGGGAAUACAUACUAUUAUAGCAUUGUCCAUUGUUAAUGGUUGGCUUCAUGGUGUUCACAUCUUGCUUUUGUCAUCUGAAGCCGCUACUUCCAGUCCUGUCUUUUUUUUUUUUUGAAAAAAAAGAGGACUCUUUGAUGCACACUUCAGCAUUAAUCUUAAAGUCUGGAAUAGGAUACAGAAAAUUGAGAGAUUCA